AUGCCAGGAAACAUCGACAGUUUGAAAACUAAACGGAAAACGUUCAAGUCGAAGUUGACAAGAACUAGUAAUUGGCUGAAGAGUGAGGAAUCGAAAGAUGUUUUAUCAGAAACUUUGGACUUAAAGCUCACGGAUUUUGUGGCCAAAUUUUCUGACUGGGAAGCAGACCAGGCACAGCUGCUAGCUCUUGAUACAGAACAUGAAGAGGAUCACGAAAAAGAAGCCGAUACAAUCACCAACACUUAUUUCAACAUCGCUGGAGAAUUAAAACGCUUACUUAAUCAGAGGAUAUUAUCAUCUUCUCAACUCACAUCAACGAAUCGUCACAUCAAUUCCUCAAAUGUCAACAACCAUGACGGAGGAGCCUCAGCCAAGCUUCCAGAAGUCGCACUACCGACCUUUGAUGGAAGUUUUGAGAAUUUCCGCCGCUUUCACGAUGAGUACCAGGCUGUCAUUCAUCAGAAUAAAAAAUUACAUAAUGUAACCAAGUUCCAUUAUUUGAAGUCUUGUCUUAACGGAGAACCUGCAGAUCUUAUCAGUGAAUUAGAAACCAACGGAGAAAAUUAUGAAAUUGCCUGGAAGUUGUUACAAGAUACUUACAAUAACCCACGACUGAUUCUACGACGACAUUGCUCACUGUUAAUGAGCUUGUACAAGAAAAAGGAUCAGAGAUGCCAUUGGGCGGAGGAAUUUCAUCCCCACUCUUGCGCCAUUUUACAUUGA